AAAAGAGGAAGCGGGUCGGGACAUCACCUGACAGGAAGAUGUGUUGAAGGUGUGGUGAAAACUGAUACCUGACCUACACACAGUGGCAGCCAGACGGGAGUUUUGGGAAGUUAUUUAAAGAUUAGCCUAAUUCAACACCUGUGUACCUGGAAUUUACCAAAUUCUCUUCAAACAAGCAACAAGGAUAUGGCGGAGCAUUGGUAAGCCUAAAUACCAUUGCUAUGGGAAACCGGGCCCUGGAGUGGAAUUAUACCAGCAGUACCAAGCAAGCAGCUCAGUCAUGAGUUGCCACUCUCCUCUCCUCCUCCUUCUCCUUGGUAUUUUUGGGCCAUGUUCAGCCUUCAAGAUCUGUGCCUUCAAUGUCCAGAACUUUGACGACGCCAAAUCUGCCAACUUCAGGGUGAUGCACACUCUGACCAGGAUUGUGUCUCGCUGUGACAUCUGUGUCCUUCAGGAGGUUAAAGACACACGGGGCAAUGCAAUUAAAACUUUGGUGGGAACACUCAACAGAUAUGAUAACCAUCACUAUAAAUAUGUUGCCAGUGGAGGUCUGGGGCGAACACCUGAAGACCAGGAGCAGUAUGUCUAUCUGUACAGGAAUGAAACCGUAGAGUUGACAGAUCAGUACCAGUACGCUGACAAAAAGGAGGGGGGUGUGGAUGCUUUCUCAAGAGACCCCUUUGUUGUUAGAUUUCAAGCCAAGGAAACAGUGAUUGGAGACUUUGCUCUGAUCCCGUUGCACACUACGGCCUCUGACGCAAUCAAGGAGAUUGACAAGCUCUAUGAUGUCUUUGAGGAAAUCAAAAUGAAGUGGAAUACUGAGAACGUGAUGUUCCUUGGAGCCUUCAAUGCUGGUUGUGGCCACAUGACAAGGCAGGACAAGGCGGACAUCCGACUUUUCUCAAAACCUGGAUUUUUCUGGCUGAUCAGGGACCAGGCGGACACCAUUGUUGGGGAUACCACCAGCUGUGCCUAUGACAGGAUUGUGGUACAUGGACAGCCCUUCCUGAAGGCCAUCAAACCUUAUUCAGCUCAGGUCUUCAACAUUGCUAAUGAGUAUAAACUCUCAAUGGGAAGGGUUCUGGAAGUGAGUGACCACUUCCCUAUUGAGGUGGAGCUGAAGACUAAAUCGUCAGGGCAGCUUCAAGCUCCGGUUCAGCCUCUCCUGCUAAUCGCUCUCUCCGUCAUCACCUCCGUCCUGCACAUCUUACCUUCAACCAGUAUGGUGUGAGGAGGACUGAUUGUCUUCUCAGGGGUAUGGCUCAUAGAAAUAGAGGAUCAUAGAAAUAGCAUUCAUUCUAAUAUAAUGGUAUAGACAUCUAAAACUUCCACGAGCAGCUAGUUCACUCGUGCAAUGGUUUCUCAAACCUAUCUCAGGGGACCCCUAGACGCGUCACUAUUUUGUUGCAGCUCUGAACUAGCUCACCGGAUAUAUCUAAUCAAUAUCUUGAUGAUUAGUUGCUAAGGUGAAUCAGGUGUGCUAGCUCUGGAAUAGACCAAAUACAUGGAACUGCUGGGGGUCCCUGAGGAGAGGUUUGAGAAACACUGUUCUAAUAAACAGUGAUUCCAUCUUUGACUGGUCCCAAUGAGAUUGCAUGCAGAUUGUAGAUGUUUAGAGACAGCAACAUUAUCACUACACAAGUUGACAGCAUAAUGUCCCUCACCUCUUUCAAUUAAUAUCUGGAUUUGCUCUGGUGUUGGAUCACUGAUCCCAAUUUGCUCUGCUCAGACAUGUGGUUUCAGGUAUUUGGCACACAAUAUCUUGAAUGGAAGGCUACAGCUUCCUGAAGCCACCACUUCUGACAAUCGUCUUUGCUUUUAAUAACAAAUCUAUUUUGUAAAUUAAUGGUUGUAAUAUUUCAAAUUCAAUUAGGUUUUUAAAACAUUCUAUGAUAAUGUGAUGUGGUUUUAACAUUGUCACUGUUUUAAAUGUUCAAUGCAUGUAUUGUACACAGUAUUUGAAUUAAACGAAUUGGAUUUUAAAACGUA